AUGGAUCGCUUAUCUCCCGAAGACAAGGGUGUAGUGGAAGUACCCGCUUGGCUGUCCGAGGAACCCACCUUGCCGGCUAUGAAGAAGCGUCCGGCAUCUUCGACGGAGGCUCCUAAGCCAAAACGACCCUUCUUUAAGAAGAUGGGUCCGGCCGACGCUGUCACCAAGCCGUCGGUACCCAAACCGUCCGCUCCCCUGGCUGAGGGGGAGGUUCCUCCUAUCCAGACGCCCAUUCUUCCUCCUGAGCAAAAGGAGGUUCCUUCCCAGGAACCCACCUUGCCGGCUAUGAAGAAGCGUCCGGCAUCUUCGACGGAGGCUCCUAAGCCAAAACGACCCUUCUUUAAGAAGAUGGGUCCGGCCGACGCUGUCACCAAGCCGUCGGUACCCAAACCGUCCGCUCCCCUGGCUGAGGGGGAGGUUCCUCCUAUCCAGACGCCCAUUCUUCCUCCUGAGCAAAAGGAGGUUCCUUCCCAGGUGGACACCGAAAUGGAUGGUACUGCCGGAGCAGCUGCUGACGAAGUAGCAGUCGAUCAGACUGCGGCGGCUGACGCCACCACCUUGUCCAGAGAGGACAAGGGUAAAGGCAAGGAGACUGAGGCUCCUUCUACUGAUAAUGCCUCUACUCCUCCUGCAGCCUCGCCAAUAGGUUGGGAUUUGCACGAUCUUUUCAUUCGCUGUGCCGAGAGUAGGAACUACCGCUUUGAUAUGCACAAUGAGAUGCUCAAGCACAAGGACCAGAUCGAGAAUCAUGAGCAAUAUGCUGAGAAGACGGCCAGGUUGAUCAACUUGGAAGCGGAUAAGAAGAUCGCUCUGAAGACGGAAGAGCUGAAGAAGGCCGAGGAGGACGCUGAGAAAUAUGAAGAGAAACUGCUGGAACAUGAGGGGCGACUUGCCGUGCUGAGAAAGGAGUACUCUUCCGUCUUAGAACGGGUGACUGAUUUCUCUUCCAAGGUGAACGUUCUGGAAGGUCAGCUCAAGGCCAUGCAGGGGAAGAUCGAGGCCGUGCGCAAGGAGGCUGCAAGCUCUUUUAAGUUGGGCGAGGAGUCCAUCUUGGAGAGUGCCCAAAAGGCGUGGGAUCAGUCUAUGGACUGGAAGGAUUUUUCCUGGUUCAAACGCCGUAUCUCCCACCAGAUAGCUGUUUCGACGGCUAGGCGCUUAGGCUUAGAUCCUCCCGAUUUCGUUAGUGACGGGGAGGAAGACAUAGAAGAAGACGAGGUGAACUCCCCUGAAGGCCAAGACAUCCAGGAAGGGAGUUCUAUUGCCCCUCAUCCUUGA